AUGGGAGACGACUGGUUUAACUCGGGCGUUUGGUUCAACGAGCAAAAGGGUUUCGUUUCAUCACCACCGACGGUGGCGGCAACGAUUUGUCCGUCCAAAGAGCUAUUUAUUCGAUCACCGACUCGAGUCAACUCAUUGUCCACUCUUGAUCAAAAUGGGUCUUACCUAAAAAGCGAGGCCUUCCCGUUCGUUACAACAAAGGGGAAGCUGUAUCUUUCCGAAACAAGCCCAGUUCGCGUGGUGGAGGCAUACUUAUCACAGUUCCACAAGGACUUCUCCCUCUUCCUCAAGUCACGAGCCGAGGAAAUGGUCCCCGGCGGACGCAUGGUGUUGUCGUUCACGGGUAGGAGAGAUACUGACCCUAACUUUGAACAAAGUCGUUUCCAAUAUUGGGAGCUCUUAGCUCUAGCUCUAAUGAGCCUGGCUUCAGAGGUCGGCUCAUAUUUAUCUAACACUAAAUUGGUGCAAGGGCUUGUUGAAGAGGAAAAGAUUGAGGAACUUUCGAGCGGGCAACGAGUCGCAAAGACUGUCAGGGCCGUGGUCGAGUCGAUGCUCGAGUGUCAUUUUGGGAGGGAGAUACUGGAUGUCCUGUUUCGGAGAUAUGGUGAAAUCAUGGACGAUCACUUGUCCAGAAACAGAGCCAUGUAUGUUGAUUUGGUCGUCUCUCUGAUUAGAAUGGGAUAA